GGUUACCGUUACCUAGCCGCUUUUUCCCCGCACUCUCGCUACGACAUACGAGUAUAUGCCUCUUUGAGAUUGGAGAGAUUUGGAAAACCCCUUGCUGCUUUGCUUUGCUGAGAUAUGCUGUACGAUACGAGUAAUCAUCCCUUCUCACCACCAUCAUCAUCUGGGGGGGUUUCAUUCUUUCGCAUGCGAGGGCUGUAUCGUACUACUAUUAUUAGUGCUGCUACACCGAGCUGUGUGUGCCUGUCCAACAAACGCCUGCAUGUCGCCUCGACGAGAUGGAUGGAUCCUGCGGAGCUGCUCAUAGGAGGAUUGGAGGAGAGAUGCCUUCGACCGAGUAUCUGGCCUGUCAAGCGGAUCUAUCUGCAACCGGUCCGCAUCAGCGUUGUGGAUGCCUCAUGGCCCUGCAACCCGUACCCAGCCAACCAGGCCCCUGGACCCUUGGAUAUAUCUCCUAGUCAAAUGAGUCUUUUUUUCCCUUUCUAAUCUGCUACUGCUGCUACAUGCCAUAGCCGUAAUGUACGAGUAAAGAAACCUAGAGCCAACAUGCAUAUUUUUAAUGGGCCAUGAGCCUGUG